AUUACCCAGCUAACGUCUGCUAGCCACCCAGCCGCGGUAUCGAUGCAGCUGUCGUUAACGCGUUGUUAAACGUUGUGCUUUGUCUCAAUUAAGGCUGUGUAAAUCAUAAUUCGUAAAAGAAUGGCAGCUUUACCUGGCAGCUCUGAAAGCUCUUUAUUCGGUUCCGUAGCGAUAAGGUUAGGUUAGUUGGAUAGCUCGCUGAUGGCUACAAUUAUUCCUUGCAAGCUGGCAUCGUGAAUCUCACCACUAGUCAUGGGAAUACUGUUUACUAAAUUAUGGAGGCUUUUUAACCAUCAAGAACACAAGGUUAUUAUUGUGGGCCUGGACAAUGCUGGCAAGACAACAAUUCUUUACCAGUUUUCUAUGAAUGAGGUGGUGCACACCUCUCCUACAAUUGGAAGCAACGUGGAGGAGAUCGUGGUCAAUAACACUCACUUCUUGAUGUGGGACAUUGGGGGUCAGGAGUCCCUGAGGUCAUCCUGGAACACAUAUUACACCAACACAGAGUUUGUGAUUGUGGUGGUGGACAGCACAGACAGAGAGAGGAUCUCAGUGACCAAAGAAGAACUUUACAGGAUGCUUGCACAUGAAGACCUGAAAAGGGCAGGACUAUUGAUCUUUGCGAACAAGCAGGAUGUGAAAGGUUGCAUGUCUGUGGCUGAAAUCUCCCAGAGCCUCCAGCUUACUUCUGUCAAAGACCACCAGUGGCAUAUCCAGGCCUGCUGCGCCCUCACUGGGGAGGGGCUGUGCCAGGGUCUUGAGUGGAUGAUGUCACGGCUGCGUGUGAGAUGAUGACCUGUGGCCUUGGAUAAGUAGCCUGCCCUUGAUCGCUACUUCCCUGUCCUCCGGGCAUGAGGACUGGGGUGAGGUCGUUUGGAUGGCGUUCUUCUCCUGCUCGGGAAGCUAACGUGGCCAGACUGCUGCCUGGACGUUAUUUUCUUUUAUCUUAAUUUAUUUUACUGAACUCAGAACGAAGAUAAAUUACCUUUUCAGAAGAACAUUGGACAAAAAAAAAAGAGAGAGACUGAAGUCCAUUUAAAUAUCUGCACGGAUUUCCUUACAGUGAAACAGGAGUCAGCAAACUGGCUGAUCAGUGACUGUACAUGGACUUUGUCUUUAGCUGUGUGAGUCUAGCCCAGUGUGGCCUUGCAGUAUUGACGGACUGGCUGUGGUGGAUUUUUUUUUCUUUUUUUGCCCCCUUGUAUGUACAGUCCAGUAUUUGCAUUAACCAUGUGCCUGCGUCAAUCCUCAAGUGACAAUGGCUGAUGAUGACCAAGACAUGCGUUGGUGAGGAUGAAGUGAAACUAUGUCCUUAUCCUCUCAGACCAUAUGAAAAACAAUAAAGUGUUUUUAUCUG